UGGGGGCACCGCAGUCCUCCCAGGGCCGCUCUGACCUGCUUCUCGGCGACUUCUCGCCUCCUCUUCGUUCUCUCUCCCACAGCGGCCUCUCGGGCCCCGCCCCCUCGCCCUCUUAGCGGGUCUUCCCGCGGCCGCUCUGGCCCGAGCGUCCCCUCGUCUCUCUGACCUGACUCAUCCGGCUUCGAAGGGAGGCGCGGGUGGGUGAGCAAGGGAGUUUGUCUAUGGGGUCCAGGCCUGAGCCCCUGAAGACCGGCUCGGCUCCGGGCACCCGCUCGCGCCCCGUCCCUGGCUGGAGGGGUCUUUUCUGGACCAUUUGGGCCAGGCCUGGCCCGGCCUGCACACUUUACGUAGGCCUCUGCCAGGCUGUAGAGCCCAUCGCCCCCUGGGGACCCACCGGGCUCUAAGGUCCGUUUCGGCUUGCAGCGGCCCGCGACUGUAACUGCAGGACACCAUUUAUGGGGUUAGCCAGUCUAUGGGGGCCCGUGUCUAUAAGGGACUCCCAAGGUCCCUAGGGGUCUGCCAGGUCUAUUACGACCUCACUGACAGGGUUUUCCAUGGGUCUAUAGGGCCCAGCCCUCGGCAUUCAGAGCCGGUCAGCAGCGGCGGUUCCCUUCGCGGGGACAGCGACUUCUGGACCUCCCUGGUCUACAAGGCAAUGUACCAUCUAUAGAGGUCGCAUUUUCAGGGCCUCAAGCCGGGUGGAGGGCCCUCUCCAGGUCUUCACCACGCAUCCCGUCUGUAAGGGUCAGUGCUGGAGGGAGGAGGCGAUGGCCCUGGGCCGGGCUCUGGCGGCUGCGCUGGCUCUAUCUUUGGCCGCGCUGGGGCCACUGUUCCUUGGGGCCCAGGCAGGGGACUGCAAGGGGCAGCGGCAAGUGCUGCGGGAGGCUCCAGGCUUCGUGACAGAUGGUGCGGGCAACUACAGCGUCAAUGGCAAUUGCGAGUGGCUCAUCGAGGCCCCGAGCCCCCAGCACCGGAUCCUGCUGGACUUCCUUUUCCUGGACACGGAAUGCACAUAUGACUACCUGUUCGUGUAUGACGGAGACUCCCCCCGCGGGCCCCUGCUUGCCAGUCUGAGCGGGAGCACCCGGCCUCUGCCCAUCGAGGCUUCCUCAGGCAAGAUGCUGCUGCACCUCUUCAGUGAUGCCAACUACAACUUGCUGGGCUUUAAUGCCUCAUUCCGCUUCUCUCUGUGCCCUGGGGGCUGCCGCAGCCAUGGGCAGUGCCAGCCCCCAGGAGUGUGUGUCUGUGAGCCUGGCUGGGGGGGCCCUGACUGCAGCCUGCAGGAGUGCCAAGCCUACUGUGGCAGCCAUGGCACCUGUGCUUCGCCCCUGGGACCAUGCCGCUGUGAGCCUGGCUUCCUGGGACGUGCCUGUGACCUGCACCUGUGGGAGAACCAGGGGGCUGGCUGGUGGCACAACGUGAGUGCUGGGGACCCCGCCUUCUCUGCCCGUAUUGGGGCAGCUGGUGCCUUCCUGUCCCCGCCGGGGCUGCUGGCUGUAUUUGGAGGCCAGGACCUCAACCGCGCCCUGGGUGACCUUGUCCUGUACAACUUCUCUGCCAACACUUGGGAGCGCUGGGACCUGACUCCUGCUCCGGCUGCCCGUCACUCCCAUGUGGCUGUGGCCUGGGCUGGCUCCCUGGUGCUGAUGGGCGGUGAGUUGGCUGAUGGCUCCCUCACCAACGACGUUUGGGCCUUUAGCCCACUGGGUGGCGGCCACUGGGAGCUCCUGGCACCACCUGCCUCCAGUUCCUCAGGGCCCCCAGGCCUGGCAGGUCACGCGGCAGCCCUAGUGGACAACAUCUGGCUCUAUGUGUCUGGUGGCCGCACGCAGCACGACCUCUUCUCCUCCGGCCUCUUCCGUUUCCGCCUCAACAGCACCAGCAGGGGCUAUUGGGAGCAGGUGAUUCCAGCGGGUGGGCGGCCCCCUGCCGCCACUGGCCAUUCCAUGGUGUUCCAUGCCCCCUCUCGCGCCCUGCUGGUUCAUGGAGGACACCGGCCCUCCACUGCCCGGUUUUCUGUGCGCGUGAACUCCACUGAGCUCUUCCACGUGGAUCGGCGCGUGUGGACGACCCUGAAGGGCCGAGAUGGGCUUCAGGGCCCACGGGAGCGAGCCUUCCACACGGCCAGUGUCCUGGGCAACUACAUGGUGGUCUAUGGGGGCAACGUGCACACCCAUUACCAGGAGGAAAAGUGCUAUGAAGAUGGCAUCUUCUUCUACCAUCUUGGCUGCCAUCAGUGGGUGUCGGGGGCUGAGCUUGCCCCUCCAGGAACCCCUGAGGGCCGAGCAGCGCCUCCCAGUGGUCGGUACUCACAUGUGGCAGCUGUGCUUGGUGGCAGUGUCCUGUUGGUGGCAGGGGGGUACAGUGGCCGGCCCCGUGGGGACUUGAUGGCCUACAAGGUGCCUCCUUUUGUGUUCCAGGCGCCUGCUCCAGAUUACCACUUGGACUAUUGCUCGAUGUACACCGACCACAGCGUCUGCUCUCGAGACCCUGAAUGCAGCUGGUGUCAGGGGGCCUGCCAAGCUGCACUGCCUCCUGGGACUCCCUCUGGGGCUUGUCCUGCUGCCAGCUGUCUGGGCCUGGGCCGCCUCCUGGGUGACUGCCAGGCCUGCUUGGCAUUCAGCAGCACAGCAGCUCCUCCCCGGGGGCCCGGCGCCCUGGGCUGGUGCGUACACAAUGAGAGCUGCCUCCCUCGACCUGAGCAGGCCCGCUGCCGAGGCGAGCAGAUCUCAGGCACCGUGGGCUGGUGGGGGCCCGCACCUGUCUUCGUUACCUCCCUGGAGGCCUGUGUCACCCAGAGCUUCCUGCCUGGCCUGCACCUGCUCACCUUCCAACAGCCACCCAAUGCCUCCCAGCCCGACAAGGUCUUGAUUGUCCGCAGUACAACCAUCACCCUGACGCCUAGCGCGGAGACUGACGUGUCUCUGGUCUACCGUGGCUUCAUCCACCCAUUGCUGCCAGGAGGGCCUGGGGGGCCAGGGGCUGAGGACGUGGCCGUGUGGGCCCGGGCCCAGCGCCUACAUGUACUGGCCCGGAUGGCCCGUGGCCCUGACACAGAAAACAUGGAGGAGGUAGGACGCUGGGUGGCUCAGCAGGAGAAGGAGACGAGGCGGCUGCAGCGCCCAGGGUCUGCUCGCCUUUUCCCACUGCCUGGCCGGGGCCACAAGUAUGCGGUGGAGAUCCGGGGCCAGCUCAACGGUUCAGCAGGCCCUGGGCACAGCGAGCUCACCCUGCUGUGGGACCGGACGGGUGUGCCCGGCGGCAGCGAGAUCUCCUUCUUCUUCCUGGAGCCCUACCGCUCCUCGGCCUGCGCCUCCUACUCCUCCUGCCUGGGCUGCUUGGCGGACCAGGGCUGUGGCUGGUGCCUGACCAGCUCCACCUGCCAUCUGCGCCAGAGCGGGGCCCACUGCGGGGACGACGGGGCCGGCGGGUCCCUGCUGGUGCUGGUGCCUGCCCUCUGCCCACUCUGUGAGGAGCAUCGCGACUGCCAUGCCUGCACCCAGGAUCCCUUCUGCGAGUGGCAUCAGAGCACCAGCCGCAAAGGGGAUGCAGCAUGCAGCCGGCGGGGCCGGGGCCGGGGUGCCCUGAAGAGCCCAGAAGAGUGUCCCCCACUCUGCAGCCAGCGCCUGACCUGCGAUGACUGUCUGGCCAACUCAAGCCAGUGUGCUUGGUGCCAGUCCACGCACACCUGCUUCAUGUUUGCCGCCUACCUGGCCCGGUACCCGCACGGGGGCUGCCGAGGCUGGGAUGACAGCGUGCACUCGGAGCCUCGGUGCCGGAGCUGUGACCGCUUCCUGACCUGCCAUGAGUGUCUGCAGAGCCAUGAGUGUGGCUGGUGUGGCAAUGAGGACAACCCCACGCUGGGACGCUAUGAGUGUCACUGUCAGAGGGGCUACCAGGGUGAUGGCAUCACAUACUGCAACCGCACGUGCCUGGAGGACUGUGGCCAUGGUGUGUGCAGUGGCCCCCCGGACUUCACUUGCGUGUGUGACCUGGGCUGGACGUCAGACCUGCCCCUGCCCACGCCCGCCCCAGGACCCCCGGCCCCCCGCUGCUCCCGGGACUGUGGCUGCAACUUCCACAGCCACUGCCGCAAGCGGGGGCCUGGCUUCUGCGAUGAGUGCCAGGACUGGACGUGGGGGGAGCACUGCGAACGGUGCCGGCCUGGCAGCUUCGGUAACGCCACAGGCUCAGGUGGCUGCCGGCCCUGCCAGUGCAACGGGCAUGGGGACCCACGCCGAGGCCACUGUGACAACCUCAGCGGGCUCUGCUUCUGCCAGGACCACACUGAGGGCGCCCAUUGCCAGCUCUGCUCCCCUGGCUACUACGGGGACCCCCGGGCUGGUGGCUCCUGCUUCCGGGAAUGUGGGGGUCGCGCCCUCCUUACCAACGUGUCCUCUGUGGCACUGGGCUCACGCCGGGUUGGGGGCCUACUGCCUGCAGGUGGUGGGGCAGCGAGAGCCGGGCCGGGCCUGUCCUAUUGUGUGUGGGUUGUCUCGGCCACCGAGGUGCUACAGCCCUGUGCCCCUGGGACCCUCUGUCCCCCACUUACCCUCACCUUCUCCCCUGACAGCAGCACCCCCUGCACGCUGAGCUACGUCCUGGCCUUUGAUGGAUUCCCACGCUUCCUGGACACUGGUGUCAUCCAGUCGGACCGUAGCCUCAUUGCUGCCUUCUGCGGCCAGCGGCGGGACAGGCCCCUCACGGUGCAGGCCCUGUCUGGGCUGCUGGUGCUGCACUGGGAGGCCAACGGCUCUUCGUCCUGGGGCUUCAACGCCUCCGUGGGCUCUGCCCGCUGUGGGUCCGGGGGCCCUGGAAGCUGUCCUGUCCCCCAGGAGUGUGUGCCCCAGGAUGGGGUCACAGGUGCUGGACUCUGUCAGUGUCCCCAGGGCUGGGCUGGCCCACACUGCCGCAUGGCUCUGUGUCCCGAGAACUGUAAUGCCCACAAUGGGGCAGGGACUUGUAACCAGAGCCUGGGUGUGUGCAUCUGUGCUGAGGGCUUCGGGGGCCCUGACUGUGCCACGAAGCUGGACGGUGGGCAGCUGGUCUGGGAGACCCUCAUGGACAGCCGCCUCUCAGCUGACACUGCAAGCCGCUUCCUGCACCGCCUGGGGCACACUAUGGUGGAGGGACCUGAUGCCACCUUGUGGAUGUUUGGGGGCCUGGGUCUGCCGCAGGGGCUGCUGGGAAACCUGUACAGGUACUCAGUGAGUGAGCGGCGGUGGACCCAGAUGUUGGCAGGAGCUGAGGAUGGGGGCCCAGGCCCCUCACCCCGUUCCUUCCAUGCAGCUGCCUACGUGCCUGCUGGUCGUGGUGCCAUGUACUUGUUGGGGGGGCUCACGGCUGGGGGCGUGGCCCGGGAUUUCUGGGUCCUCAACCUCACCACUCUGCAGUGGCGGCAGGAGAAGGCCCCUCAGACCGUGGAGCUGCCGGCAGUUGCUGGUCAUACUCUUACCCCCCGCCGAGGCCUGUCGCUGCUCCUGGUGGGUGGUUACUCUCCUGAAAAUGGCUUCAAUCAGCAGCUGCUUGAAUACCAGCUGGCCACGGGCACCUGGGUGUCUGGAGCCCAGAGCGGGACACCCCCCACAGGUCUCUAUGGUCAUUCCGCUGUGUAUCACGAGGCCACAGACUCCCUCUACGUGUUUGGGGGUUUCCGCUUCCACGUGGAGCUGGCAGCCCCUUCCCCUGAGCUCUACUCCCUGCACUGUCCUGACCGCACCUGGAGCCUGCUGGCCCCUUCUCAGGGAGCAAAGCCCCGCCCCCGACUUUUCCACGCCUCAGCCUUGCUGGGGGACACCAUGGUGGUCCUUGGGGGCCGCUCGGACCCUGACGAGUUCAGCAGUGACGUUCUGCUCUAUCAGGUCAACUGCAACACCUGGCUCCUGCCCGACCUCAUCCGCCCGGCUUCUGUGGGACCCCCGAUGGAGGAGUCUGUGGCCCACGCUGUGGCAGCGGUGGGAGGUCGUCUCUAUAUCUCAGGAGGCUUUGGGGGAGUGGCCCUGGGACGCCUGCUGGCCCUGACCCUGCCCCCUGACUCCUGCCGCCUGCUGCCCUCACCUGAAGCUUGUAACCAGUCUGGGGCCUGUAUCUGGUGCCAUGGCGCCUGCCUGUCCGGGGACCAGGCCCAUAGGCUGGGCUGUGGUGGUUCCCCCUGCUCCCCGAUGCCCCACUCCCCUGAGGAAUGCCGACGCCUUCGGACCUGCAGUGAGUGCCUGGCCCGCCAUCCCCGGACCCUGCAGCCUGGAGAUGGAGAGGCACCUGCCCCCCGCUGCAAGUGGUGUACCAACUGCCCCGAGGGUGCCUGCAUCGGGCGCAAUGGGUCUUGCACCUCAGAGAAUGACUGUCGCAUCAACCAGCGUGAGGUCUUCUGGGCUGGGAACUGCUCAGAGGCCGUGUGUGGGGCAGCUGACUGCGAGCAGUGCACACGGGAGGGCAAGUGCAUGUGGACACGGCAGUUCAAGAGGACUGGAGAGACCCGCCGCAUCCUCUCAGUGCAGCCCACCUAUGACUGGACGUGCUUCAGCCACUCUCUGCUGAACGUGUCCCCAAUGCCGGUGGAGUCAUCACCCCCGCUGCCCUGUCCCACCCCCUGUCACCUCCUGCCCAACUGCACCUCCUGCCUGGACUCCAAGGGUGCAGACGGGGGCUGGCAGCACUGUGUCUGGAGCAGCAGCCUCCAACAGUGUCUGAGCCCCUCCUACCUGCCCUUGCGCUGUAUGGCUGGAGGCUGCGGGCGGCUGCUCCGAGGACCCGAGAGCUGCUCCCUGGGCUGUGCUCAGGCAACCCAGUGCGCCCUGUGCUUGCGACGCCCCCACUGUGGCUGGUGUGCCUGGGGCAGCCAGGACGGGGGCGGCCACUGCUUGGAGGGUGGACUCAGCGGCCCCCGUGAUGGUCUGACAUGUGGGCGACCUGGGGCCUCCUGGGCCUUCCUGUCCUGCCCCCCUGAGGACGAGUGUGCCAACGGGCACCACGACUGCAACGAAACGCAGAACUGUCAUGACCGGCCCCAUGGCUACGAGUGCAGCUGCAAGACAGGCUACACCAUGGACAACGUGACCGGGCUGUGCCGCCCCGUGUGCGCCCAGGGCUGCGUGAAUGGCUCAUGUGUGGAGCCUGACCACUGCCGCUGCCACUUCGGCUUUGUCGGCCGCAACUGCUCCACGGAGUGUCGCUGCAACCGCCACAGCGAGUGCGCCGGCGUGGGGGCCCGUGACCACUGCCUGCUCUGCCACAAUCACACCAAGGGCAGCCACUGCGAGCAGUGCCUCCCAUUGUUCGUGGGUUCAGCCGUGGGGGGCGGGACCUGCCGCCCCUGCCACGCCUUCUGUCGUGGCAACAGCCACGUCUGCCUCUCCAGGAAGGAGCUUGAAAUGGCCAGGAGGGAGCCAGAGAAGUACUCGCUGGAUCCAGACAAGAUUGAAAAUUGGGUGAGCGAGGGUCCUAGUGAAGAUGAGGCCGUGUGUGUGAACUGCCAGAAUAAUAGCUAUGGGGACAAAUGCGAGAGCUGCCUUCACGGCUACUUCCUCCUCGAAGGAAAGUGUACCAAAUGCCAAUGUAAUGGCCAUGCGGACACCUGCAACGAGCAGGAUGGGACAGGCUGCCCGUGUCAGAACAACACUGAGACGGGCACAUGCCAGGGCAGCUCGCCCAGUGACCGCCGGGACUGCUACAAAUACCAGUGUGCUAAAUGCCGGGAGUCAUUCCACGGGAGCCCUCUGGGUGGCCAGCAGUGCUACCGCCUCAUCUCCGUGGAGCAGGAGUGCUGCCUGGACCCCACGUCCCAGACCAACUGUUUCCACGAGCCCAAGCGUCGGGCUCUGGGCCCUGGCCGCACCGUCCUGUUUGGCGUACAGCCCAAGUUCACCAAUGUGGACAUCCGCCUGACACUGGACGUGACCUUUGGUGCCGUGGACCUCUAUGUCUCCACCUCCUAUGACACCUUCGUGGUCCGUGUGGCCCCUGACACGGGUGUCCACACUGUGCACAUCCAGCCGCCGCCACCUCCCCCACCCCCCCCACCCCCUGCUGACGGUGGGCCCCGGGGCGCUGGGGAUCUGGGAGGACCUGGGACGGGAGGUGGGCCGGCCACUCCAGUGGAGCCACGAGUGCGGGAGGUGUGGCCACGGGGCCUGAUAACCUACGUGACAGUCACGGAGCCAUCAGCGGUGCUGGUAGUCCGUGGCGUGCGGGACCGGCUGGUCAUCACCUACCCGCACGAGUACCACACCCUCAAGUCCAGCCGCUUCUACCUGCUACUACUGGGUGUGGGAGACCCAAGUGGACCCAGUGCCAAUGGCUCGGCUGACUCGCAGGGCCUGCUCUUCUUCCGGCAGGACCAGGCCCACAUAGACUUGUUUGUCUUCUUCUCCGUCUUCUUUUCCUGCUUCUUCCUCUUCCUCUCACUCUGCGUGCUCCUCUGGAAGGCCAAGCAGGCCCUGGACCAGCGGCAGGAGCAGCGCCGGCACCUGCAAGAGAUGACCAAGAUGGCCAGCCGCCCUUUCGCCAAGGUCACGGUCUGCUUCCCACCUGACCCUACUGCCCCAGCCCUCGCCUGGAAGCCGGCCGGGCUCCCGCCACCCACCUUCCGCCGCUCUGAGCCCUUCUUGGCCCCCCUGCUGCUGACAGGGGCCGGCGGGCCCUGGGGGCCUGUGGGAGGGGGCUGCUGCCCACCGGCCAUCCCCGCCACCACUGCUGGCCUGCGAGCUGGGCCUAUCACCCUGGAGCCCACUGAAGAUGGCAUGGCUGGUGUGGCCACACUGUUGCUCCAGCUGCCUGGCGGGCCCCAUGCUCCCAACGGCGCCUGCCUGGGGUCAGCCCUCGUCACGCUGCGGCACAGGCUGCACGAGUACUGUGGGGGUGGCGGCGGUGCUGGGGGCAGUGGGCACGGGGCUGGUGCAGGCCGGAAGGGACUGUUGAGCCAGGACAACCUCACCAGCAUGUCCCUCUGACCCGUGGCGGGAUCCUCAGCCACAGCAGUUGAGACCACCCCGGACUUGGAUCCCUCUACCUGGGACACUGUGUCCUCAGAGACUUUGGUUUCCUUCCUCUGAUGGGGGGAGAGGGGUCCCCAGACAGGGCCUUCUUUGAUCUGCAUUCAACAAUUAUUUAUUGAAUACCUACUAUGUGCCAGGCACUGUUGAAGGCACUGGGCAGAGUGGGAGCUGAGACAGCCAAGGUCCCCUGAUCUUGUGGACCUCGGGUUCUGGUGAAGGGAGACCGUGGGCAUGCGUGCACACAUGCAGAGGAUAAGAUCCCUUCUGAACGGGACACGUGCUGUGAGACAUCCACAGGGUGUGGCUGCGCAGGACCUCAGGGUGGUCAGCCGGUCAUUCUGCAAAGCCAGACUUUAAGAAGGAAACUGAGGAGUUCCCUUGUGGCAUUGCAGGUUAAGGAUUCCGUGUUGUCACUGCAGCAGCCUGGGUUGCUGCCGUGGUGUGGGUUCAGUCCCUGGCCCCAGGAACUUCUGCAUGCCAUGGGUGUGGCCAGAAAAGGGGGGAACAAAAAAGAAAACGGACUGUGGGAAGAGCUGCAAGAAGUGGGUUCCAGGCAGAGGGAACUAUAAGGGCAGAAGCUUGUGUCAUCGGAGGGGUGGGAGAGCUGGCCAGUGUGGCCCAGAUCAAGUGUGAAGAGAGUAAGUUGGCUCAGGCAGGGGUCUGUGGGCCCCCGACAGGGCUGGGAGUUUUAUUCUCAGGGCGUCGGGCAGCCAUUUGCCAGUUUUAUGAGGGAGAAUGGCAGGAUCCAGCAUACAUGUUGAAGAUGUCACUCAGCUUGUGUGUGGAAGAUGGACUGGAGCAGGUGAGAGUGGCAGCAGUGGGCCAAGAGAUGGGGACAGAUCAGGGUAGUGGCCAUAAGAGGAGGAGUCAGGGACAGAUGCAGGCUGUGGGCAGAAGGAUGUAAUGAUGGUCUGGAUGCCGGCAUGAGGAAAGGAAGGAAUCCAGGAAGACCCCAACUUUGUGUCCUGAACUGUGGGUGGAUGGGGGGGUUGUUUAUUAAGAUGGGGCAGAUGGGCUGUGGGGGAAGAGCAGGGGUCAAGUUUUAGAUUCUGGAUGCCCUUUAGAGACACCUCUUCAGUUAGGUCCAACCAGGGGAACAGAAGCCACACCGAGGGUUGCAGCAAACAGAACUGGGUGCUGCUGCCCAGAGACAGGAGUGAGGCAGACCAGGGGUGACCCAGAACAGGUACACUGCUGCUGCCACCACUAGGCUGGAGGGACAAGGCUCAGGUGGUGUUUCCUGACCCCAGGGCCAAGGUCACUCUGCUCAGAGGGGGCAAGAGGAGACAAAGCUCUGUCUGAGAUGCUGCCCCAGGCGGGCUGUGUGUGCAUGAAACCAAGGUUGGGAACAGCGUGAGAAUCUUGCUGGCCCAGCACCAAAGUGCUGGUUAAGUGGGAUAAAUGUCCUUUUCCCGUACCCCCUCCAAGCCUUGUGGCCUGGGCCUGGCUGUCCCAUCAGGGCUGGGGGUUGCGCUGCUGAAGCUCUUGUUCCCCAGAAGUGAUGAACCAAGGUGACCUGAGGUCAGUGAAGCCUUUGACCCCUGCCCAGUUCCCUGUCACAUAGAGACCCCUGCUUGCUCAGGAAGAAAGACAGACUGCCUCGAUCCCAGGUUCAGGUUUUAUUCCGGCCCUUGGUGUAAGGAGUUCAGGCAGCAGAAAGACGGAAACGAGGCCCCAGCACGGUGAGCUUUCUCUAACUCAGGUGCACUCACACCGCCCAAAUGGAGAGCAUCAUGGGUGUGCCAGCCCCCUGGGUAGGCAAGACCCCAUAAUGAGGGGAGGUGGGAAGGAAUGGGAGACCUCUGUCCCCUCGGGCUCAGUCAGCUUGAGUCUUGCUGGGAGUGUUCACCAGUGACCUUUCUGCACAGCCCAGCCCCUAAGCACAGGCUGGCUGUUUUCAUGUGAUACUGAGGUAAGCACACAGCCAUGUGUUAGAUUUAGGGGCCUGUGAGUCUCCAAGGUGGCCCGUGAAGAUCGUGGUAUUUUCAGACUUUGUAAAAGCAACUUGAGGAAUUUUCAGGGAUUACUCUGCCCACACGUUUUGCCUUUCUAAGCUGGUGGCGGUGCCUAACCUCCAAGACCUGACUGUGAACUUGCAUUCCUGACUACCAGUGCUGGAUGGCUCGCCUGGCAUGUUACUGCUGUGGUUUCACUUGAUUUUUCCGACCACAAACUAUGAGGUAGGUUCCGUGUAAUCCCCAUCUCACAGAGAAGACGAGUUCAUAGACCUGAUUUAGCGGUUGAGUGACAGCUGCCAUUUGAACCCUGACCUUCUGACUCAUAUCCUGACCACCAGGCUGUCCCAUAGCACAAGGAAGGACUGCUUUACUUAGCAUAGGCUGACUAGCCAAGAGCCGUCUCAGCACAGAGCAGGUGCUAGGGGCAGGUAUUCAAAAUGGCCAAUAUCUGGAGUCGUCAUGGCUCAGCGGAAACAAACCUGACUAGUAUCCAUGAGGAUGCAGUUUUGAUCCCUGGCCCCGCUCAGUGGGUUAAAGAUCUAGCAUUGCCAUGAGCUGUGGUGUAGGUUGCAGACGCAGCUUGGAUCCCUUGUUGCUGUGGCUCUGGCGUAGGCCGAUUUGACCCCUCGCCUGGGAAUUUCCAUAUGCCACAGGUUCAGCCUUUAAAAAAAAAAAAAAAAAAAGGCCAAUAUCUGCUUGGGAUAAGGUAGAGUUUCCCAGCUGGGGAGCUAACCAGCAGUGGGACAUGCUGCCUUAAGGGGUCCAGAGGCCAGUGGGGUCAUCCUGUGUAACCAGAAAAGAACUAAGGUGGUUCUUCCCGACUCCUCCACCCUGUGACUUUGCCUUCCUUAAGCAGGGUGUUUGCAUUCUGACUGGACUUUUCCUCUGGGACCCCCCUCCAAGUCCUGUCACCGUUGCACAGAUGCCCCACAGCAUGUGUUCCUCCUUUCUCCAGGUCAGCCCCUCGGCUGGCACCUUGCCCUGGUGUCCACACACCUGAAGGCAAGAGGCUCGUGGUGAAGUGAAUGCCUGGACAUUGGAGGCUAGGAACCUGGAUUCUAGCCCAUGUGUGGCCACUGAUGUCCUAGGGACUUCAGGAAAGGAGAGAAAUUUUACCAAAGGCCUGCAGCACUCCAGCACUGUGCUGUGCUGGGUGCUUGGCACCAAUUUUUUUUUUUUUUUUUUUUUGGCUGCACCCACAGCACAGAGAAAUUCCCAGGCCAGGGCCUCAAACCCUUCCCACAGCAGUGACAACGCUGCAUCCUUAACCUGCUGAGCCACCAGGGAACUCCAUCAUGAGUCUUUUAAUCUUGCCAACAUCACUGCUGGGAGGUAUUGGCUUGUUCCCCCGUUUUGCAGUUUCAGAAAUUAAGUCCCUUGCCUAAGAACUCAGGGCAGAUAAGUAGGCAAGUCCACAUUCUGACACAAGCCUGUCUGAUUCUCCAUUGCCCCCCCCCCACCUCUAAAAUCACUUCCCUUUUCUAAGCCAGUGCCUCCCACCCCUGACCACGCUUGUCUCCACCCACACUGAGCCCCGCACUGUUCUGGAACAUAGCUGUGAGCAAGGUCCCUGCUCUCGUGGAGCAGACAAGUCAGUGGGGAGCCAGGUAAUAAGUAGAGAUUUGGCACAUUGAAAAGUGACCAGAAAAAUAAGGCAGUAAAGGAGGGGCAUGGUGGGGGGUUGGUACUUGCUGUACAAUGUCAGGUAGAGGGGAGGGCCUCACUCCGAAGAUGGCAAACGAGCUGAUGUGAGGCAGUGAGCCAUAGGGGCAUCUGAGGAAAGAAUUCCAAGUUGAGGGAGCAACCAAGGCAAAGAUCCAGAGGUGGAAAUGUGCCUAGCAUUCCAGAGAAACAGCAGAGCCUCCUUGUGGUUCAGAGAGAGUAAAGAGACAAGGGCACAGAGGGAAUGAGCAGGCCCUUGAGUCACUGUGAGGACUCUGGCUUUUGCUCUGUGCAGGAGGAGCCAGGAGAGGAUUCUGAGCCAGGAGGGAUGGGAUCCACCUCAGGUGUCCACAGGGCUUCUCUGUGGGGAAGAGACUAAAAAGGGGAGCGGGUAGGGCAGGGACCCCGAUCAGGAGCCUCGACCUUCAUGUAGGCUGAGAGGAGGGUAGCCGGAACCAGGCGGGGGCAGCAGAGUGGAAAGGAGUAUUCUGGAUAUAUUCUGAAAGUAGAACCAACAGAAUUUGUUGACAGUUCACACACUGGGUGAGAGAGGAAGCGGGCAACAGGAAGGGGUUUGCUAUUUGAGAUGCGGAAGACUGGUAGAGCAAGUUUGGAGGGGGAGUGAGGAGGUAGGUUUAAGACAUGUUAAAUUUAAGAUGCUUAUUAGAUGUUCUAAGUGAUGACACCCCAUGGUUGAAUACACACAGAGCACAGCAAAUAAUACAAAUAUAUUAAUAGAAAUAAAUUACACAUAAUAUUAUAA